AUGCCUAAGGCCCCGGGCAAGCGCCGUCGGCAUCGUGGCAAGCAGGCGGCAAACCCGAAGCCUGCGUGUGCCGAAGGCUUCCAGUUCAAUGUGCGUGCUGGGGACUCGCGACAGCCGGCCCUGGAGUGGGAUGAGGCCCCCGCCCGCGAGCGGCCUGCAACUGUCCUGCGCCGCCCAGACAGGGCCCAGUGGGCAUGGAAUCGGCUGAGGCAUACGACGGUGGAGAUUGUCAAGAUAGGCGGGUUGUCUUUCUCGUGCGCCGCCCUGCACCGGUGGGGCGUGGGGGUUGGGACGAUGCCCGGCAUAGCGGAAGGGCUGUCGCCGCCUGCAAUCCACGCGUUGUGGGAGGCCUUCCAUAUCGGCGCGGGCGCGUACCCGCCCUGCAUGGGCGAGGAGGAGCGGCUGGGCCUGCAGAGGGCGCUGCGGCGGCUAGGAGUGGGUUGGGCGCGCGCAAAGUCUUCUAUCACGUCGUGCUGGCAGGACCCUGCGGUGGUUACGGCGCAAGCUCUGGGCAUGAAUGCCGCGGCCCUGGACGAGUCGCAGCUCUUGAAGGCGCGUUUGCUGCAGCUCUGCGCCGCCGCCGCAUGCGCCGCCGCCGCACACACACAGGCGCCGCCGCCGCCUGCCGGUGUGCUGGCGGCAUUUGCUGAGGCCGUGCCAAACCUGCGCUCCCUUGAAGCAUCCGUGAAGCAUCUAGAGCGGGCAGGGGCCGGCCCCGCCGAGACGGCUGUGCGCCUGGCGCGCCGGCUGAUGCUCCGGCUCAAGCUGCCGCUGUGCACCGUCGAGGUGCGGGUGCCGCCGGGGGUGGGUGUGGACGACCUACUGCGCAUGCUGGAUGCGGCUCCCGACGACGUGCGGGCGGCGGCGAUCGCCCGGCCGCUGGCAGAGGCGGGCGGGGUGCUGGUGUACCUGAAGGUGCCCGGCGCCGAGCCCCAACCACACGUGGUGGUGGCCGGCGCCCCUGACCCCGCCGCGGGCCGCACGGUGUACGUGUGGAGCCGCCACUCAUUUUCUCCUGCCGAGGCGGUGGCCGUCUACUGCGGCAGGCUGCGUAGCGAGGAGCCCCUGUAUGGCGCCUAUGUGCUUCGGUGGGGGCACAGGCGGCGUUGGAUCGAGGGCGACCUGCCUGUCUCUCGCCCCGCCAAGCAGCGGGAGAUGUUUGGGGGGCAGGUGGUGAUGGAUCCCGGGCUCUACCAUUGGCCGGGCGCCUAUGCGCACCUGGUGAACUGCUCGGCGAGCGAGGCAGCCGCCGUGUGCACUGUGGGCCCUGACCUGGUGAUGUCGGUGCGCGGCGGGGGCGCCCCGCCGCCACGCUUCACAGAGCUGACCUGGUGGUAUGGGGACCAGGCGGCAGCUUUUAUCACCGGCGAGUGA